GCCCUCUGCUACGGUAACUCCCUGCGGGGCGAGUUCGUCCACGACGACGUCUGGGCCAUCGUGAACAACCCCGACGUGCGGGCGGGUACCCCGGUGGCCGCCGUCUUCGCCAACGACUUCUGGGGCAAGCGGAUGGCGGAGAACACCAGCCACAAGUCCUACCGGCCCCUCUGCGUCCUCACCUUCAAGUUGAACAUAUUGCUGGCUGGUAUGAACCCCUUCUAUUUCCACGCGGUGAAUGUGAUUUUACACUGUCUGGUGACUCUUGUGCUGAUGUACACUUGUGACAAAGCUGUGUUCAAGGACUGCCGACUUGCUUUUGUCACGGCGCUGUUCUUUGCUGUGCAUCCCAUUCACACCGAGGCUGUAACAGGUAUAGUAGGCAGAGCGGAUGUCCUAGCCUGCCUACUCUUUCUGUUGGCUUUUCUCUCCUAUAAUAGGAGUGUGGAUCAGCUUUAUGUUGGGGAACAUUUCCCUCCCACUGCCUCCCCAUUCUUUUUGCUGCUUAGUUUGUUCCUUGGGACGUGUGCAAUGCUGGUGAAAGAAACUGGAAUCACGGUGUUUGGCGUGUGCUUGGUUUAUGACUUCUUUUCCCUCUCCUGCAGUGGACUCAAACUGAGAAACGGGGGGAUCCACCAGAGACCUGCCCGGCAGCCUGCAGCUUCUCCCUCUGCCUCGCUGCACGUCCCUCCGGCCGGCCGGGAGAACGGGAAGCAUCGCUUCGCUCACCGGGGCACCUGGAGCUCCUGCCACCCGGCAUCACCCGAGGGUCAGCGGAGCGGUGGCCUUUCAGUGCCCAGCAAAGCCAUGUGGGCCAUUCGAAGCUACCUGACUGCAAAUAACAACCAGAAUUUCUUGUAUACGGCAAGGCCUUUUUUGAAGAGAGCUGCUUUGGUGAUAAGCUACGUGAUUCUCGUGUUGUAUUUCCGCCUCUGGAUAAUGGGAGGAUCCAUGCCGAUGUUUUCGGAGCAGGACAAUCCAGCUUCGUUCUCACCGUAUUUACUGACGAGGUUUCUAACUUAUUCCUACCUUCUGGCCUUCAAUGCGUGGCUCCUGCUGGCACCGAUCACCCUGUGCUACGACUGGCAGGUCGGCAGCAUCCCUUUGAUUGAGUCCGUCUGGGACGUGAGGAACUUGGCCACGGUGUUCCUGGUGCUGGUGAUGGCGUUGCUCAGCCUGCACUGCAUAGCUGCGUUCAAGAAACUGGAACACAAAGAAGUUUUGGUUGGCUUGUUGUUCCUGGUUUUCCCAUUCAUCCCAGCCAGCAACCUCUUCUUCAGGGUGGGAUUUGUGGUGGCAGAGCGAGUCCUUUACAUGCCGAGUAUGGGGUACUGCAUCCUUUUUGUCCACGGUCUAAAAAAGCUGUCUACAUGGUUAAAUAAGUGGAGGAUUACUGUUCUGACCCUCUUUGCUCUCCUGCUGCUGCUCUUCUCUUGGAAGACCAUAAAACAAAAUGAAAUCUGGCUGUCACGAGAAUCCCUUUUCAGCUCGGGAGUGAAGACCCUGCCCCACAACGCCAAGGUGCACUACAACUACGCCAAUUUUCUGAAAGACCAGGGCCGUAACGUUGAGGCCAUCUACCACUACAAAACUGCUCUCAGACUGUACCCUCGUCAUGCAAGUGCUCUCAACAACCUGGGGACAUUGACCAAAGAUGUGGUGGAGGCAAAGGACUACUACAGACGGGCCCUUCAGUUAAACCCUCAGCACAAUCGAGCUCUCUUCAAUCUCGGCAACCUGCUCAAGUCCCAAGGGAAGAAGGAGGAAGCUGUGAUCUUACUGCGGGACUCCAUUAAGUAUGGUCCAGAGUUUGCAGAUGCUUACUCCAGCCUGGCCUCGCUGCUAGCUGAACAGGAACGGCUUAAGGAAGCGGAUGAGGUCUAUAAGGCUGGCAUAGAGAAUUGUCCAGAGAGCUCUGAUCUGCAUAACAACUACGGUGUUUUCUUGGUUGAUACCGGAGCUCCCGAGCGAGCCGUGUCCCACUACAGGCAGGCCAUCCGCCUGAGCCCCGCUCACCACGUGGCCAUGGUGAACCUGGGCAGGCUUCACCGCUCCCUGGGGCAGAACAAAGAGGCUGAAGUGUGGUACAAGCGGGCACUGAAGGUAUCCCGGAAGGCCGAAAUCCUGUCCCCGCUGGGGGCUCUGUAUUACAACACGGGGCGAUACGAAGAAGCCUUGCAGGUUUACAGAGAAGCAGCAUCACUGCAGCCUUCAAACAAAGAGAUCCGACUGGCGCUGGCUCAGGUUUUAGCAAUGAUGGGGCGGACGAAGGAAGCUGAAAAGAUGACAAACCAUAUACUUAACGAGGAUGCAGAGUGUCUGGAGUGCUACCGUCUUCUGUCAGCCAUCUACAGCAAGCAGGAGCACUAUGCCAAGGCACUUGAAGCUAUAGAAAAAGCUCUUCAGCUAAAACCAAAGGAUCCAAAAGUCAUAUCAGAGCUCUUUUUCACAAAAGGAAACCAGCUAAGAGAACAGAAUCUCCUUGACAAGGCUUUCGAGAGCUAUAAACGCGCUGUGGAGCUCAACCCAGACCAAGCGCAGGCCUGGAUGAAUAUGGGAGGCAUCGAGCACAUCAAGGGAAGCUACAUCACUGCCCGUGGCUACUAUGAGAAGGCCUUACAGCUGGUUCCAAACAGCAAGUUGCUGAAAGAGAAUCUGGCCAAACUGGAUCGCUUGGAGAAACGGUUUCAGGAAGUCCAGGAGAAAGACCAAACAUAGCAUUCAGUCACCAGUGGAAAGAAACUCCUGCCCCUUGGAGAAAAAUAUGGUGGACGCCUAUUGCUUGAAGUGAUGUUGAAGGAACUUUGAUAGAACUCAGAAUUACGGAAGGCAAAUUUUGAAUGCAUGCUUAUGUUUGACCAAAGUUACAGGAGACACCUGGCUCCCAUGGGACGUGCUGGAGAAUGAAUGAAAACCUUCCUAUAAUCAGGAUUUAUGUUUAGGCUGAGCCCAUUUUAAUCACACCUGGAGCGUGGGUGGGACACGUACCUUCAAUAUCUUGGUUAUCACUGGGGAAACCAUGGAGACAAAGCACUCAUCUGUUGCAGUGAGGGUGAAGUAUCACCUCCUGUAACUCAACACAGGCUCAUGUCCACAUAAAGUACCACUGAUGGGCUUCAUUGCAAGUGCUGCCAGGUCCUUCUGAACCAGGAAAGAUGGUCAUAAUGGUCACAUAAAAAGGCUUCAAGGGGUUAAUACUGAGGAAAUUGUGGCCACUUUUGCAGCUCUAAACGUGACUUGAAAAUUACUCUAAAGAAAGGGAAAACAGUAUCUGAAUAUCAGCCCUAGAAGGAUGAUUCUACAAGUAGGACAAAUGAUCCUUUGAGGGAAAACCUCAGCUGAAUGUUUUACUCAUAAGAUAAUCAUUUUGUAAUAAUUCAGGUUCAUGAUGUCAGUAUUGUCAAAUAUCAUAUGGCUUUACCCUUUGCCCUCUCCCUCCGGACCAAAUAAUUACCACUCUGAAAAAAAUGGAAGCAUCCAAAGGCAAUGGGAAGCUCUAGGAUUACUUGUCCUCCUGUCUAGUCCCCAGUAAAAAAAACCAAACAACUGACCUGAUCAAUACAGGAGGUAAAGUAAAGCCACAGAGAGAUUAGGGAAGAUUUCCCAGGCCAGAAAGGUACUAAGGAGGCAUUUUUAUGGGUGUGCAGGGACAAAGCCCAUUUAUCAUGGUGUUAACACUGACAAAACUCUUUGUCAAAGUGUUCUCAUCCACUCCCCCAAAAGAUACAGAAAAUGACUUAUAGCUGAUCAGUAAUAAAUCUAUAUUUUUAAAUACCGAAGUGGGAAAAAAAAAUUCUCUUCAGAAUUGGGGCUUUUAUUUUUGAGCUUUAUUUAUUUAACUUAUAAUAAUCAAAUAAUUAAUAUAUUUUCUCUGUUUUAUACAAAUUGGGCAGUAUUCUUCACAGCUGGCCACAUGGCUGGGCACUGUGACUUGUAUGGUCUGAAGGACCACUGAGGCAUGCUUGAGUAACUCCCCCUGAGGAUGUUUCUGACUCAAAUGGCUGCAGAGCACAUUGGACCAAACUGCUCCUGCAGUAACAGCACUUCUGCUGCUUCCACCAGGGUUUGUACCAGCUCACAGAGAGCACUGGUGGGAUCGUGCUUGGUGCUGCUGCCUUUGGGUUUGGACAUCAGGGUAUGUCAUUGGUUUGUUUCUCUUGCAGCAGGAGACCGCCGUAAGAGUUGUGAUAUUUGAGCUUGGUUGUGGCCAGUCCCUGCAGAAGAGCAGCCCAAGGUUUGGCAUUAUUAGUAGAGGACAGUUCUGAUGAGGUAUGGGAUGCCUUGAUACACAUCCAUCAGGAAAGGCCUGUGUGAUGGUGACCCACAUGGCACCCAGGCUUAGUUCUGUGUUGGCCCUGGCACCUUGGCAAGCUCCACAUUCACUCAGUGUGAUGGGGCAGUGAUGGUGCAGAGUGGCUCCACUGGCUUUAUUUAAAAAGCUCAGUGUCCAGCCACUACUGGUGGUCAAAUUACUGACAAAUUGUUAACAUGACUCCAACUGCAUGUAGAGCUCAGAGUGGGGCCAGGCUGGUGCAAGUGUCUGCCCUGUCAGGGCUUCUGGACCCACUGGAGCUAUGGCUGUGCACCCACCAAGACAAGACUGGACUUGGGAGGUACUGGUCCCCACUGGCCAAGUGCCUACAGCUGGGUAGAUGCUGGCUCUUAAGGUUGGUGGGAGGGAGAGACUAUUGGAGGGAGAAGGUGGUAACACAUAUUUCUGGGUUCUCUCCCUUUGAACCAGCUUCAUUAAUCCCAAGGAAGCAGAGAGGACCAAGACUAAGCAAGUCUUUCACUGGUGAAUUUUCCCUUUUUCCCCCCAGUCCAAGCAGCCUACUUUCCUUUUUGGGGCCAAGGAUGGGUUUGAGGUCCUGGGGCUGGGUCAGCAACCCUUGUCUUGUUGCAUAGCUUUUAUGACCACAGAUUCACUGACCCGAUGUUUCUGCCAGACCUCAGUGCCAGAGCUCUACUGGAUGCCAUGCGUGGAGCAGCUUUGCACAGCCCUGGUGCUGCCAGGAUAGCUGGAAGGAGGUGGGUUUGCACCAGCAGAAUUCCCUGGGAUGGGGAAACCAAAGCUUAAAGGGCUUCUGAGAGCAGUAGGUUCCCCACCGUGCAUUGCAGCACUGUAGAUGGUUCAUUACCGGGGUAUUCAGAGGUACCUGGACCAUAAAGCUCUCUGCCUCUCCUCAAGGGGACCCUGUCUUUGGGGCACCUUCACCAAAGCCCCGUGUGCCCAGGCUGGCUGGCUGCCUGCAGUACCACUGUGGUAAUGAGUUUGGGGGCUGGCAGAGUGGUAUUUGGUACAGACCCCCAACAGCAGUGCCAUGCAAAGCCCCUGGCAUAGCAAACAUCUGCAGAGGGCUCCCAAGAGCUAGCUGAAGGGUGGGAAUAGGGGUUGGGGGAGAUAUGUCUCAUUUAAAAAUGUGUAUCAGCUAUAAACUUCGUCUCGUAAAGAUAUAUUAAAUAAAUACAAUAUAUUCUACGAGCCCCACAGCAGUGCGGCUUUAAAUUGUGGCCAAUGAAACAUAUUUUUUCAGAUAUAAAAGAAGUUGUAUUUUUUAUAGCGAUGCUUCGUGAGGGGGAUGACUUGGUUUUGUGUUUUUGACUUCGGCUUAAAGCUUAGUUUGUCUUUCCUGAGAGACCUGGUAGAAAUGAUUGUCUUGUUCUUGUCCUAGAACCUCAUCAAAGUCACCUUGACCUCCUAAAAUGGGUGCACGUGUAAAAGUAUAAUACAGCUUUGGGUAUAGUAUAUAUAAUACAGCCCCUGCUCCUAGAUCCUGGAGAAGGAUUGCCCUUUUUGCAACGCUGCCUUACUUGCAGAAGAUGGGAUCAUCCUCCUAGUGAGGGAGGCGGUUUGGUCGGAAGGCAUGGUGUAUGUUCAUCCACUCACCUGAAUUAGAAUCAUAGAAUCAUAGAAUGGUUUGGGUUGGAAGGAACCUCAAGGAUCAUCUGAGUUCCAACCCCCCUGCCAUGGGCAGGGACACCUCCCACUAGAGCAGGUUGCUCAAGGCCCCAUCCA